AUAGUGGUGACUCAUACAUAAAGCAUUGCCUGUUUUGCAAUCCAGUUGUUGAGGAAAAAGGAAUUACCUGUCAGUAUAAAAAGAGGAAAACCCCUCAUAGAUUUCGGGGUAUUGCGUCUUCUCUGCAUCUCGCAGUGCACCUUAACUACAGGAUGGAAAAUGAAAGUAAGUUGUUAAGUUUCGUUUUCCAGAGUAACAGCCCGGUAGGGAAAUAAAUACAGGCUGUCUGUAGAGCGACAUUCACAACACAACCGUCGCCUCAUCUCAUCUACCAGACGCUCUUCAAAUACCUGAUCAACAAACAUCAUGAGCAAAUCUACAGACUGGGUUCCUUCCUUGUGGCUGGACACAUUUGAUGAAUUGCUGGAUGAAGACAAUGAGUUGGACUAUGGAGACCAAUGGACUCUCAACUUUAACUACAGCCAGACAGACAAAGUGACCAAGGAGGAGAGGAAGAGAGGCUGGAAGGUCUACUGCCACUGUGCAUAUGGACGAUUCAAAUGUCCAACCUGUGACAAGGUCUGGCCCUCUGCACGUGUGGUGGUGCUGUUCCGUUACCGGCUGCGGGAUGACCGGGGGACGGUGAUCAUGCGGCCCUUUGGACAGUCCUGUCGAAGUUGCCAAGACGACGAGUUUUACCUCAGUGGUUUUUCCAAGAAAGAGGUAGAAAAUGCCCUGCUCAGGCUGUGCUCCAAAAUCCGGAAGAAUUGCUACAACGAUGAGGACGACGACGAGGAUGAUGAUGGCUCAGCAUGCUCUACCAAAGUGUACACCAAACCGCACGAGGCGAGCCUGUGUCAGGCCUGCAUCAUGGGCAUCUGCUGUCAGGAUGAGGACUAGGAGUGUAUGUUUGUGUGUCUGUGAAUGCUUGCAUGCUUGUGCGUGUGUGUGUGUGUGUAUGUGUAAGACGCUGAGAGAAUGACAGUGACUGACAGGUUGUGAGCUGAUGCUCUUUUGCACUCUAUCCAUGCCCCUUAUUCUUAUAUUUUAAAAUGGGCUUAUUUUCGCAUUAAGGAUUUGUUAAAAUUGUAAUGUUGUGUUAUGAAGUUGUGUUAUAAGAUUAGGACCAAUGAUACAGUACAUAUAUAAAAAUGUUAAAAAAAAUGUAUUUAAUUUUUUUGUCACUACUAAUAAAGUCUUAAGUUUGAACAUUUUUUGU